AUGUUCACGGGCCUCGUCGAGACGAUCGGCACAGUCACGUCGCUCGUGGCGCUGGACCCGUCGACAUCAGGCGGAAACGGCACGUCGCUGACCAUCUCGGACUGCGGGACGAUCCUCACGGACGCCGCGCUGGGCGACUCGAUCUGCGUCAACGGCACAUGCCUGACGGUGACGGAACUCGAACCCUCCCAGGGACCGCCGCCCUACACGGGCUUCAAGGUCGGCGUCGCGCCCGAGACGCUGCGGCGCACCAACCUCGGCUCCCUGCGCGAGGGGGCCAAAGUCAACCUCGAACGGGCCGUGAGCGCCUCGACGCGCAUGGGCGGACACUUCGUCCAGGGCCACGUGGACACGGUGGCGCGGAUCGUGUCCGUGACGCCCGACGGCAACGCGUUGACGUUCCGCCUCGCGCCCCGCGACGCCGCCGUGCUGCGCUACAUUGUCGAAAAGGGCUACGUUACCCUCGACGGCGCCAGUCUGACCGUCACGCGCGUGGACGAUGCCCAGGGUUGGUUCGAGGUCAUGCUCAUCGCGUACACGCAGGAGCGGGUCGUCAUGGCGGCGAAAUCGUCCGGGGACGAGGUCAAUGUCGAGAUCGAUAUCGUGGGCAAGUUGGUCGAGAAGAGCGUCGUCGGGUACCUUGAGGAGAACUUGGGAGGUGAACAACAACAACGAGGUGCCGGUGCCGGUGCCGCAGGGGGAGGUGUGCCGGCCAUGUUGGAGAAGAUUGUCGGCAGGCUGGUUGAUGAGAAGUUGAAGACGAUACAACAACGGUGA